AUGCACGCCUCUACACUUUUUGCUUCUUUUGCUACCGCAGCUCUUGUAUCUCUCGCCAAUGCCCAUGGAAUUGUCUCCAAGAUUGAGGUUGCUGGCCAGACCUUCGAGUCGCCUCUUAUUGGAGCCAGCGGAGAUAAUGGACCUUUCUACGUUCCUACAGACAACAGUCCAAUCACCGACGUGACUUCGGAGAAUAUGUUCUGCGGCUCCGUCGCGACGGCAGCGACAAGUACUCCUUCAAUCGACCUUUCACAAGGCAACACGAUAUCCUUCUACUGGGAAAGUGGAUAUUCUACUUCUAACUGGCCACACAACACCGGUCCCAUAUUCUUAUACAUGGCUAAAUGCGAUAGUGACUGUACAUCCCAGACUGCAUCUUCCACCAACUUCAUCAAGAUCGAGCAGCAGGGAUUCGUCAACGGGGCUUGGGCACAAGCUGCUUUGAACACUGGCUCACCUGUCACAUUCACGAUUCCAUCGGACCUCGCGUCAGGCAACUACCUCAUCCGUCACGAAAUCAUCAAUCUCGCUUCCACUGAUGAGAAUUUUCCUGCUUGCUCUCAGUUUGCGAUUACGGGUGGAAGCAACACGUACUCGAGUGCUCAGACGGCUCAGUUCCCAGGAGCUUAUUCUGCCACUGAUGCUGGUCUUGCUGAUGCGGGAAGCGCGAUUUACUCAGUCAAGACCAAUGCAGAGUAUACGUUCCCUGGCCCUGAUCCUGUUCUUUCUUCCGACGGAUCUGACUCUUCCGCAUCGGGAAGUUCAUCAGACUCUAACUCUGCCAGCUCGUCAUCUUCGACUGUUGCAAGCAUUAGUAGCUCUGCUGGUGCCACUGCCACUGUCGCCACCGGUGCUACAUCUAGUUCCAGUACGGCUACUGGUGUCGUUGUGCUUCCUUCUUCUGUCCGCCUCGCUUCCGCUUCAGUUACUCUUGCUACAACCACUUCUUCAGUCUCAGUAUCUGCUGUCACCACUCCAGCCGCAGCCACCGGUUCCAGCUCUAGCUCGGACAUUGAUACCUGUGCAACCCAGUGGACGACGUGUAACGCUGCCUACAUGAGUGCAACUGCUUCCGAUAACUCGACCACUGUUGCGUAUAGUUGUCAGACAGCGUACGUCAACUGUGUGGCUCAGGCUGAGUCUGCUGUCGAGAGCUCUUCGGUUGCCACUGCUGUCACUUCUGAAGUUGCCAGUUCUUCGAGUGCCGCCGAUGCAAUGGCUACGAUCGAUACUGCUGCUGCUACCAGCACUCCCGUCGUCAACUCUCGUGCGUUUGCCAAGCACCUCCGCCGUCAUCACGCUGGUGUUUCGAGACUCGAUUUCCAUUAA